UAGUAUAUGGUGACACCGGAUGAAGAGAUGCCAAAUAAAAUCAGUCAAUGAAAACACUCGAUCACCGGAAUAUUUAAUACCGAUCUUUUCCCCCUUUCAAUGGGCCUUUAGGACGAGCUGAUUUUAGAUUUCUAGACGAUUCUUCAAAGUGCAUGCACAAGUUAUACCACGUGGCGUCGCAACGGCAUGUACCACAGACACCACGUAAUUUAAAUCUUAAACUUCAUUCACUGUGCUGACAUUUGAGUUUUUGAGAAGCAAUAAUGGCGGAAUUCGUUCAUCAAAAUAUCGAAGAAACACUAGCGGAGUUAGAGCAGCUUGAACGCGUAGGACUCUUUACAAAAUCUGAAAUUAAAGCAAUUGUGAAGAAGAGGACUGCUCAUGAAUACCGUCUCGGAAGACUGAAGAAAAGGAAAGAAGAUUUCUUGAGAUACAUACAGUAUGAAAUCAACAUCUUGGCACUGAUCAAGAAACGAAGAGAGAGGAACAACUACUUUCACAAGAGGGAAGAAAUAGAGAAUGCCAUCAUCACGCGCAUCCAUCGCUUUUUUAGGAGAGCGUGCACCAAAUUUCCAGAAGACCUCAAGGUGUGGAUGUCCCAUCUGCAGUUCUGCAAGAAAUGGGGCCGAUAUUUGGAGAUGAAUAGACUCUACACCAGAAUGUUGAAGAUUCACUCUAAUAAUCCAGGUCUGUGGAUCAUGGCUGCCAAGUUCCAGCUGGAGGAGAACAAUUCUGGGGAAAAUGCUCGAGCACUCUUCCUCCGCUCUCUCCGACAUCAUCCAAAGGUCCAGAAACUCUGGACAGAGUAUUUCAGAAUGGAACUCCUUCAUGCUGACAAGCUGAGGAAAAGAAUGUCUCUACUGAAACAAACCAUGAUUGAACCAGAGGAGUCGGAACUGGAGGACGCCCUCAUGAGGGGAGAAUUGGCCAGGCGAGUAUACAGCACUGCCAUCAAAGAAAUUCCAGAUGAUAUUGGAUUCAGACUUUCCUUCAUUCCUGUUGUGCGAUGUUUUGAUUUCACCUCAGAGUUAGAGAACGCGAUCUAUGAAGAUCUUCAGAGGGAUCACCCAGAUAAUGAUCUCACAUGGAAAGCUCUGGCUAGGCGUCAUCUGGUAGAUUCAGGUACCGAAGAUGAUGUAUGGUUGUCUGAGGUUCACUGUCAUAGCAUCUUUUACCAAGGACUUGAGAAGGUCUCUGGUAUUGAGAUAUGGUCUCACUAUGCCGAUACCUGCCUAGAGCGACUUGACCUUGAUGGUUCAGAUGACCUCCAAAGCAAGAGGGCUGAGAAGUCUUUGGCGGUGUUUGAAUCUGCAGAGAAGACGAGCAGUCCUACGGAAGACAUGUACAUGAAAUGGGUGGAGACAUUGAAGGUAUUAGGGUUACUCGAAAGGGCACUGGAGGUCAGCGUAAGGUCAACUGAAGUUCAUUCAAGGUCACUUGACCUAUGGAUCAAGAGGUUGAUCUUGGUCAUUGAAACGAGAGUGGAAGGUGGAGAUGAGGAAUGUCAUAGGUCAAAGGUCAGAGAAACAUUUGACCUGGCUAUCUCUCAUGUCAAAUCAAAGAAUUCUCUGGACAUUUGGAACAUUGGUUUGGAGUGGUGCCUGACAAAUGACACUGAUAUGAUAGAGAAUCUCUUUGAGUCUGGAUUAAAGGAGCACCGAGCCAUCUCACUGCCGUUGAAGAUCCGCUACCUUGAAUGGACAGCUCUCGCCAAGGGAGUGGGAAAAGCAAGGAAGCUUUAUAAGAGGAUGGCCACAGAGAAGCCCCUUAGUGAAGAAUUCUUCAAUAAAUACAUUGCUCUGGAGGAAGCACAGCCCACUCCCAAAGCAAAGAGGAUCUCAGAGGCUUAUGACGACGCUCUAAAGGAAUUUGGAGAAUCUUCGCCAGGUCUGUGGUUGGCCUACAUCCGCCAUGAAAUCACCCAUCCAGAGGGGAGUCAAGGCAAGGCCAUGCAGCUGCACUGGAAGGCUAUGAAGACACUUGAUGGGGAGCUGGUUGAACAGUUCGUCAAUGGCUACACACUCAUGCAGACCAAAGAUAGUGGGGAAUGAACUCAUCAGGCUCUUCAGAAGCUAGGGGUUUCCUGCAGCUACGCUAGAACACAUUAAAGUUAUCAAAAAACCGUGAAGAUACUAGACGGAGAGCUGGUUGAACAGUUUGUCAAUGGCUACACACUCAUGCAGACCAAAGAUAGCGGGAGUGAACCUGUAAAUCACUAAGAAGGAAGGCAAGGUUUUGCAGCAGCAGCAGCUACCUGGUGUGUAUUGAGUUUAUCAUGAAACGGAAGAUACUAAAUGGAGAGCUUGCAAAACGGUUCGUCGAUGGCUAUACGCUCAUGCCGAUUAAAGAUGUUUAGGACUGAACUCUUCAGGUUCUUUUAAAGAAGCUAGGAUUUUGCCACAGCUACGACGGAAUACAUUAAAAUUGUGAGAAAUCUGUGAAGAUACUUGACAGAGGAGCUGGUUGAACAGUACGUCAAUGGCUACACACUCCUGCAAACCAAUGAUAGCGGGGAGUGAAGCCAUGUAGACAAUGAGAAAGAGGGUGGGAGUUUUGCUGCUUUAAAGUUAUCAGAAAAUUGUGAAGAUACUAGACAGCAAGCUGUCUGAACAGUUCAUCAAUGGCUACACACUCAUGCAGACCAUAGAUAGGAUAUGGGAUACUGAACCCAUAAAGCAAGGGUUUGCCACAGCUUCAGUAGAACGCUUUAAAAGAUCAGAAAACUUUGAAGAUACUAGACAGAGUGCUUGUUGAACAGUUCGUCAAUGGCUACACAAUAAUGUAGACCAUGGAUAGGAUAUUGGCGUCUGAACCCAUCAAGGCUAAAGAAGCUAGCGUUUGCCACAGCUAUGCUAGAAUGCAUUUAAAAAAAAUCAAACUGUGUUUCUUCAUAGAAUAAAGCACUUAGAGAUGUCGUUUGGAUGAAUCAAGCGCUACAUAAUAGUGGAUUAUUAUUUUUGAAUCAAAUUUCCUUUUGAGUAACUGUAACCCCCUGAGCAAAUUAAAGUGAAUCUUUUCCUUUCUAAUCUUUCCAUUUCUUCAUUGACCUUUGUUAUACAGAACCACUUCUUGACUGUCUAAACUACUUCAUAUCUUUGAUAUAAUUGUAAUAUUCAUUCCUUAUGAUAGAUGAAUUUUUGGAAAAGGGUUUUAGUACAUUUAUCAGUCUCGUUUGUCAGUGUAGAACACUGCUCCAGCUUACAGAGUCCCAUGAAUAGAAAUAGAUAAAUAACCUCAUACAGAAAAUUUAUCCUCCCUCCACCCCCCCCCCCCCUCCGUAUUGUGAAUAUCAUAAUUUUCAUGUGUAUGUAUCAUGUAUUUCGUGAUCAACUACUUAUCAGUUAUUAAUAAAAAUAUACAACAUCUCAUAAGAUCUUGAAUGAAGUAGGACAUAUGAAGACUUGAAUAGUUCUUUGUUAAUGAUAACUUAUUUAUUAAACAAUGAAUUGAAAAGAA